CUCAGCAACAAGUACGACAAGCACGGGCGCACGCCGCUGAGCCUCGCGGUCAAGGAGGAGCGCGAGGACAUCGUCGACCUGCUGCUGAGCCUCCAGGCGGACCCGGACAUGAGCGAGGACCUCGAGCACCACCCGGCGCGGCUCACGGGCGCGUCGCCGGUCAUGCACGCGGUGCUCGCGGACCUGCCGGGCUCGAUCCUCAAGCUCCAGAGCUCCCACGCGGACUUCAACCUCAAGAACAAGCACGGCAUGACGGCCGUCAUGCUCGCCUGCCUCUCGGGCGACGCGGACCUCCUGGAGAUGCUGCUCGAGCAGGGCGGCGACCCGGAGGCCAAGGACAAGGGCGGCUGGACGCCCCUCAUCUACGCGGCCUACGGCGGCAACCUGGAGUGCGUCAAGGCCAUCCUCGAGACGGGCGCGUCGAAGAAGACGAAGGAC